AAAAAGAAAAAGAGAGAGAGAGAGAGAAAUCCAACCUAUAAACCUCUCUCCCAAUCUCCCUGUCUCUCUCUGCCCCCCCCUAUUUGUAGACUCCAGAGAAAAUAAACCCAAGGCUAAAAGCAAAGAGGAAGAGAAGAAUAAUACGAAGAAGAUGCUAAGAGUAGCAGGGAGGAGGCUCUCAUCUUUACCAUGGAGGUGCUCGCAGACGACCUCCGCCUUCGUUUCUCAAAACAGUCCUUUCCUCAGCGAUGGUCGUGAUUCUGCCGCCUCUUCCAGAUCCAUCCUCUCCCCUUAUCAUUUAUCCUUCACUCCAGAUCUAAUCAGAGGUUUUUCUUCUGGAGCCCUUACUCCAGGACAGGAUAUGGGUAUCAUCUCAGAUCUCCCGGCUACUGUAGCAGCUGUGAAGAACCCUACCUCAAAAAUUGUCUAUGACGAGCACAAUCAUGAGCGUUAUCCACCGGGUGACCCCAGCAAGCGUGCCUUUGCCUAUUUUGUCUUAACUGGUGGCAGGUUUGUGUAUGCCUCCUUAAUUCGUCUUUUGGUCCUCAAGUUUGUUCUGAGCAUGUCUGCUAGCAAAGAUGUCCUUGCCAUGGCCUCCCUUGAGGUUGAUCUCUCUAGCAUUGAGCCUGGCUCUACUGUUACAGUCAAGUGGCGUGGAAAGCCAGUUUUUAUCAGAAGACGAACUGAAGAUGAUAUCAAGCUGGCUAACAGUGUUGAUGUUGCAUCCCUUCGCGACCCACAGGAGGAUGCUGCCAGGGUUAAGGACCCAGAAUGGCUUGUGGUGGUAGGGGUCUGCACCCACCUGGGGUGCAUUCCAUUACCCAAUGCUGGUGACUUUGGUGGCUGGUUUUGCCCAUGCCAUGGCUCACACUAUGACAUCUCUGGCAGGAUUCGCAAGGGUCCAGCGCCCUUUAAUUUAGAGGUCCCCACUUACAGUUUCUUGGAGGAGAACAAGUUACUCGUUGGGUGAGAAAAGCUACUCAUUGGGUGAGAAAUUCGGCGGGAAUUCUUUUAUAAUAGAUAUUGUUGUGACAUUUUUGCAAAUUUGUUUUGUUUUACUGUUGGCAUUUUCAUUUAAUGCUAUCAAUUCGGAUUGUGUAUCUGCUGCAUUCAAUUGGCGGGGCAUUGUUUUGCUGAAUAAUACACCUGGAUAUUUGUUGGGGAA